ACAAUCUACUCAGUUACACUCUCUAUCUUCUUCAAAACAAAGUCUUAAAUGCUCUCACUCUGACUCUGCUCCUUUCUCUAACCUGUUUAUUCUUACAGCUCACUUUCUCCAUUCCGUUUCGUCUUCACACAUUGCUUAGAACCCAAUCUCUCUUUCUCUCUCUCUCCACGUCGUUUAUUCAGUUAUGGUUGGUUUGAUCAGAUUAGGGUUCUAGUGAGAAACAAAGUGUUGAACGGUGCGUUUUGGAGGGUGAAAUGGAGGGAAGAAUGAAGAAGUAUCGGCAAGUCAGUCCGGAGAGAGCUAAAGUGUGGACGGAGAAAUCACCUAAGUAUCAUCAGUUAAGUCGGAAAGUGGCUGUUGUUUACUAUCUAUGUAGGAAUCGUCAGCUUGAACAUCCUCACUUCAUUGAAGUUCCGUUAUCGUCACCGGACGGUUUAUACUUGAGAGAUGUGAUUGAUAGGCUUAAUGUUCUGAGAGGCAGAGGGAUGGCUUCUAUGUAUUCGUGGUCUUGUAAAAGAAGCUACAAGAAUGGAUUUGUGUGGCAUGAUCUCUGUGAGGAUGAUCUAAUUCUUCCUGCCCAUGGAAACGAAUAUGUUCUUAAAGGUUCUGAGCUCUUUGAUGAAUCUAAUUCAGGUCGUCUUAGUCCUGUUGGGAACACCAAAAUUCAGAACUUGAAACAAUUAUCAUUACCAGAACCAGCAUCUUCUAGAAGCCAAGAUGAUUCUUCGUCAUCUUCGAGCAUGAAUGGGAAGGGAAUUAAGCAUUCCCAAGAUGAUGACCUUUCUCCUCCAGUUCAGCGACCUGGCUCUUCUGGUGUGUCACCAGAGUCUACAAUUGGAAAGAAUUCUUCUUGGGGCGGUUCUCUAAGCUUGACAGAGUAUAAGGUUUAUAAGACUGAUGGAUCAGCAGAUGCUUCGACACAGACUGAGGGAAAUGUGAACAAACCUAAAACAAGAGAAACCUGUACUAGGGGUGUUUCUACUGAUGAUAGGUCUAUAGAAUCUGCUUGCAAUGGGAAUUAUCAAAACCAGGCUCCAUGUGUGAAAGAGAAUUCUGAGAUAUGUGGCCAUUCAGUUUCAGUUUCAGUUUCGCCUCCUCCAUCUUCCUGUAGUGCAUCUUCCUCAGGUGGGAAGACUGAAACUUUGGAAUCCUUGAUUAGAGCUGAUGUUAAUAAAAUUAACAGUUUCAGGAUUCUUGAAGAGGAAGAAAUCCGAAUGCCAACCAAUGCAAGACUCAAGGCUACAAAUAUGUUGAUGCAAUUGAUCUCCUGCGGGUCAAUAUCGGUAAAAGAUCACAGUUUUGGCCUAAUUCCAACCUACCGGCCGAGGUUUUCCCAUUCAAAGUUUCCUUCCCCAUUGUUCUCUACUUCAAUAAUGUUGGGAGAGCUUGAUUGCUUGUCUGAGAAUCCAAGGUUGAUGGGCCUGAGACUGGAAGACAAAGAAUAUUUCAGUGGGAGUUUGAUUGAGACGAAAAUGAUUAAGGAAGAAGGAGAUGAACGUAAUGCUUUGAAGCGAUCUUCUUCCUACAAUGCUGACAGGACUUCAAAGCAGUUGGAUUCAGUUGAGGACAAAGAGGAGUCUAAUUCUGGACAUUCAAAAUGCAUUCCUCGCUCAAUCAAGGCCUCGCUAGGCAAGCAACCACGAAGCGAUUCAAUGAAAUCCGCUGUUUCUGACAAACCAAGAAAUUCCUCUGAUAGGGUUGACAGCUCCCAAAGCAUACCUAGUACCUCAUCCAAUUGUUGCAGUAAAAGAAUAACUGAAUCUGUUUCAGGUAAAAAACCGUCAAACAGGCUGGAUUCUUUCAGAGAAGAGAAGGAGAAGGUGAUCAAAAUCGAAGAAAGGCUUGCUUCAGGAGCUCGGGUUAUAAUCCAAUCCAAAGUGCCUGAUGAUGCCAUUGUCGGCUGCUCUUAGAGAUAACUGGAGGCCUUAGCAACGAAUAGAUCCUUUUUUGUAAAAGCUUGUCAUUGUAUAAAAACUUCAGUAGUUUGGUUUGAAUUCCAAAUGAUGUUGGAUUUAUGGCAGAUCCAUUCCAUGUGACCAUUUUGUACAUCUGGAAAGUUGAAAAAGAAAAAGAGAAAGGUUAAAUUCUCUCAUUUGCCAAAGGGGGUUUGAGUUCAGGUGCAGUUGUAGUGGACCAUUUUCUGCUUCUUGGAGUAAAUAUUUUGGUCAGCUUUCUCAUUUGCCAUUUAAUGAAAUUUAGGCAACUUGAGUCAGAAAGAACUAUACCACUCUUUUGCAGUACUGCUUUUGUUGCAGACGACUGCAAAAGAAGAACAAAGUUGUGAGAUUACUUCAGAUCUUAACUUGAGAUAAUUUUGAAGAAACGGAGUAUUGAAUACGACAUUUGCCUUUGACUUGGACUCGUUCCUGUUAAAUUCACCUUGGCGAAAUUCAUGGGAUUCCUUAUGUUCCAUUGUCGGUAUCCGAUGUGGUUGACUCCCUUAAAGCGCUUUUCUCAAAGCAAAAAGUU